AUGAGUUGCUGCGAGGGUACGAGGGUACGGGAGACAACGGCCAAGAAAAAACUAAGAGGGCGAAAGUCCAGGAAUGUAUUCUGUAUAGCCAGCCAAAGAAACUGUAAGACUAAAAACAAAGCAAAACCAGUUCCCACUAAUCUCAAGAAGAUAAACAUUGUGAGCAAUGAAGAAGUUAGCAGAGUGAAUAAAGCUUUUGUAGAUUUACAAAAGGAACUUCCACAUUUCUCCAAAGGCCUUUCCCCAGAACCUCUGGAGAAACAGCUGAUUCCUCAGCAAAAGAAAGAAAAUAAACCAGUUAAUGUUGAUGAAAUGACAAGAUUAACGGCUCAACUGUGA